AUGGCUUACACUCCACAACAAAAUGGAGUGGUGGAGAGAAAGAAUAGGACUGCAGUUGAAAUGGCAAAAGCCAUGCUUCAUGAGAAAGGAUUACCUUACUACUUAUGUCCUAUAAGAGCACUUGGAGAGAUGACUUCAUUUAAAGCAUACAGUGGGAGAAAACCAGGGAUUUCACACCUUAAAAUCUUUGGUUGCUUGAGCUAUAUGCAUAUACCAAGGGAGGUGAGACAGAAGCUAGAUGCAAAGAGUACCAAGGGGAUAUUUGUGGGUUAUGCAACAUGUGAAAAGGGAUACAGAGUGUAUGAUCCAAUCACUAAGAAGCUUCUACUCUCAAGAGAUGUAGUGUUUGAUGAAAAUAUAGCUUGGGAUUAG